UUGUAGUUGUGCAAGAUGAGUGGCGCAGCUGGAGGGUGUAUUGCUUUAGUUGGGAGUAUUUCAUUAUUUAUCCCAUUACUCUUGGGAUCGAACCUACUUGAUUUUCUCGGCUCAAGUUGCUCCGGUUUUCGCUUCCUUGGUGUAACACUCACCAUCAUCGGAGUCAUUAUACUCCUCUUCCUAUGCUAUGGCAUUGUCUGUUCCAUCGCAGGGGGGGGGGGGGCGGAUAAUGCAGAAGCCCUGCCAAUCGUUGCGUCGCCUUUAUUACUUAUCCUCCUCGGCUUGGGGAUAUUCGCGCUGGCUGUGAGCAGCAACGGGGGAGGAGAAUCGAUCCCUGGGAGAUCGUACAAGGAGUACCACGUAGAGUCGUACUCUAAGUGGAUGCAGAACAAGGUUCAUGAUACAUAUAAUUGGGAAAAAUACUACAAGAAGGUUAUUGUAAAAGAGCAUGUGUGCAAAAAAUUUGGUAAGGAUUAUAGGCGAGACUCCCUUGAUAAAUUCCACAAACGAAAUUUAUCUCCUUAUGAGUCUGGUUGUUGCAAGCCACCGGAAGAAUGUAAUUUCAAUUACACAAGUCCAGCGGUUUGGGUAAAGCCAGAGAUCGGAAACUACUCGAACGUCGACUGCAACAGAUGGGACAAUGAUCCGAAGACCUUAUGCUACGAUUGCGAAUCAUGCAAAGCUGCUCUUCUCCAAGAUGUAACUUAUCACUGGUUUUUCACUGGCAUUGUUUUGGUUGUGAUUCUAGGCUUACCACUCUUAAUUGGUUGUGUUGCUAUCAUCACGGAUAAUAUUUCAUCAUCUAAAUUAUCCGUCAGAUUAUUAGAUUAGCAUUUCUUUCGAAAUUAUCACAUAACACAAUAACAACAUGUACUUCGUAUGAUGUUGAAUCCAGACCAAGUAGUUAAUAUUCUGUGAUCAAAUGCUAAGAUGUACGUGUGUUAGAGAUGUUUUAUGUGACCAAAUUAUAAAAGUUUGUACCAACAAAAGUAUCUUUAUGCCAUCUAUUUGUGAGAAUUAUAGUAUGAUGAAGCAAGGUA